AUGCUGCACCAGAUCUUGUUCAGACAAGUGGUGGCCCUGACGGGGGCCCACCUGAGCCCUCUGGUAUUCGCUGUUGUGGGAUGCAUUCUAACCCGCGCCUUCUACCUGCUGUACCUGCACCCUCUGGCCUCCUUCCCCGGUCCGCGCCGAGCAGCCCUGUCGACAUGGUGGCUCUACUCCGUCAGUCGGAGCGGUUGCGCAGACCAGGUCUUUGAAGACCUGCAUCGCAAAUACAACACACGCGCCCUGCGUAUCAGUCCCAAUGAGAUUCACAUUUCGGACUCGAGUCUGUACCAGACCAUCUACUCGCAAGACCAGACCUUCCUCAAACACUCCUACUUCUACGCCGGGUUCGGGACCCCGCAUACGGCCGUCGUCGAGACAGACCGGGCACUGCAUCGCCAACGACGCAAGAAGAUGAGCCACUUCUUCUCCAAGACUUCCGUCCGGGCAAUGCACCAUCUCUUGUACGACAAGGUGGACCGCCUUUGCACGGUGAUCGCAGGCAUGAGCGACAAAGGCCCGUUGAACAUCUACAAUGCGGCCAGAUGCAUGACCGUCGACAUCAUCUCCGACCUGGGCUUUGGCCAGUCGUUUGACCUCAUGGGCCAGGUCAAAGAACCAAAUUUCGAAGCCGACUUUCUGCAAGCGUUCGACCUCGUCGUCACGACGCUCUGGAACCGCAUGUAUCUCCCACCCCUCCAGUUUAUCAUGACAGUCGUACCACCCUCACUGACUAUUGGGAUGGGAGGACCACUCGGGGCAAUGGCGCGGCUCUUGAUGACCAUCCGGGGCGCCGUAUCAACAUUUCAAACCGCCAGGGCGACUGGAAAAUCCAUGUGCCACAAGGUUCUCUUCGAUGGGCUCUCGGACCUUGACCAAGACGAGCUCAAUGCUGAAGCGGCCGAUGUCCUGGUUGCAGGGGCCGACACUACGGCCACCACCCUCGCUGUCGCCAUCAACCUGUUAACUGCCAACCCGAAGCCAUACGAGGCCCUCAAGCGUGAGGUUCGACAAGCAAGCCUGAAGUCGGUCGAGGAUUUCGAGCUCACGUCACUCGAGCGGCUGCCGUAUCUUGUCUGCACUCCCUCCAUGGCUUGUGUGAAGGAGUCCCUUCGCCUUCAGACCCCGAUACCCGGUCGCUUGCCCCGGAUUGUCCCUGACUCGGGGUCGGGCGCUGCGCCGCUGGUGGUGGAUGGCAAGGUUAUUCCGCCUGGUACCGUCGUCGGAAUCUCCGCUUCGUCCGUCCACCACGACACAGCAAUCUGGGGUCCGGAUGUCCGGGAAUUCAAGCCGGAGAGAUGGCUGGGACCGGAGGCUAGACAGCUGGACAAAUACCUCGUCAGCUUCUCCAAGGGGGCGAGACAAUGUUUGGGAUCGAAUCUUGCCUACGCAGAACUUGCCCUUGCGUUGGCCAUGUUCACCACUCGGUUCGAUUUCACCCGCGAUGAAACCAUGACUCCACGAGACGUCGAAAUCUUCGAUGGCUUCGUCAUUGGGUUUCGGGGGUCGGGGCCUCGUGUCAGGGUUUCUGUUCGAGAUCCCUAG